GGAAAUUUCAGCAGAUUCUGGAUCCUCACAUUAGGUUUGAGCACACGAUGAGGUCCAUUCAAGGAGCCCUCAUUGUAGCUUCUUGUUUUCAAGUCAUUGCCGGAUUCAUAGGUUUGUGGAGAAAUGCCACCAGGUUUCUUAGCCCUUUGUCAGUGGUUCCACUUAUCACAUUAACUGGGUUUGGGCUUUUUCAUCUGGGCUUCCCAUUGAUGGCCAAGUGCGCCGUAGUGGGUAUUCCAGAGUUGUUCUUUAUAAUCCUUGUCUCCCAGUAUCUUCCUACAUGGCUAAAACUAAAAAGGCCAAUAUUGGAUCGCUUUGGUGUGCUGUUUUGUGUUUCCAUUGUAUGGAUGUACGCAGCCAUUUUAACUUGGAGUGGACCUUAUAAGACAUAUUCUGAAGAGAAUUGUCGGAUCGAUAGUUCUCGUCGUAUGAGCGCAUCCUCUUGGAUUAGCGUGCCUUUGCCAUUUCAAUGGGGAGCUCCUACCUUUAAUGCAGGCGACGUUUUUGCAAUUCUAACCUCUUGUUUUGUCUCUUCCAUUGAGUCUACGGCCGUAUUUUACGCUACAUCGAGAUAUGGAAGUGCUACCCCAGUGCCACCUUCUAUCAUGAGCCGAGGUGUCGGUUGGCUUGGGGUAGGGACUAUGCUUAGUGGACUUUUUGGCGGACUGACGGGCCCUUGUGCAACACCGUAAUAGAAAAUGUCGGUCUCUUGGCGUUAACAAAAGUUGGAAGCCGAAGAGUUGCCCAGAUAUCUGCAGGCUUCAUGAUUUCUUUCGCCAUAUUAGGAAAAUUUGGAGCACUUUUCGCCUCGAUUCCUAUGCCAGUAAUGGCAGCCUUGUAUUGCGUCUUCUUUGCAUAUGUUUCUUCAGCUGGUCUUGGUUUCCUUCAAUUUUGCAACUUGAAUAGCUUCAGAACAAAGUUUAUACUAGGAUUUUCCUUGUUCAUGGGACUAUCACUACCUCAAUACUUCAAGGAACAUCAAAUAGUGUUUGGAUCAUAUCCUGUUCAUACACAUGCUAGAUGGUUUAACGAUAUAAUAUCAGUUAUCUUCAUGUCACAUGCAACGGUGGCGGUUAUAAUUGCUGAGUUUCUGGACCGUACCCUGCCUAAUAAUGAUAGUAAAGAUAAUGGCUCGUGUUGGUGGCAAAAAUUUGUGGCAUAUGGAAGAGAUGUUAGAAGUGAUGAAUUCUACAAGUUGCCAUUCAAACUCAAUAGGUUUUUCCCAUCUUAUUAGAGAUUGAGCGUUGGAUUUUGUAAACAUUGCUUCUCAGAUA